CUGAGUGGCUCCUUCAUGUACAUCGACAUAAACCUUCACUUCCUUUAGGAUUUAAAACAGUUCCAUGUAAGUAGGAUUACAUGGCAUGUGUCGGUAGUGUAAAGGGUCCUCUGUUCAGACAAUAUACCCCGUCACACUAUUGUUGUGUACGGGACUCGAGGAAUAACAGACAGUGUUUAUAGUCCGACUUUAUUUUUAAUGAGAAUUCAUUUGAUAUUUCACCACAAGAUUGGGACACUUGAUCACCUUUGGAAUUUAAUUUGUGUCGCUCGUCAAUACAGUCGGAGUUUAAAGGUGUAUGCAAGAUUACUAGUGUGAGCAUUCUGUGAUAUUACCCAUACACCUUAAGUCUGUAAACCGUUAACAUACACACAUGUACAUUGACUAAUGAUUGGGACAAUUCUGUCGGGAUAAUAAUUCAAGUUUAAGUGUGAUAAGGUUUGAAUAUGUAGUUGUUGAAUGCUCAAAUACCUACAACAGAAGUUUAUGGUAUUCCCGUUUCUGUGAACGCAGAGAAAGGAGGUACAACAUUGGUGUUAUGAAAGAAUUCAAUAGCUUUGAUGGGUUAACAAUCCAGCUUUAUAUGUACAAGUCUACUCUUUUCAAUCAUGAUAUUAUUUACUUCACAAUAUGACAGAAGAAUUAAAUAGUUUUCUCCUUGCUAUAGCUGUGUUUUCUAAAGACCAAAGUCACUUGGCUUGACCCUAUUGUACCAAAAGGAACAUUUUAAAAUGUGCUUGUUGAGAAUAAGAAAGAGACUUUGAGACCGGUGGCGUGGAUUUAAUUGGUUUUGCAGUCAAGUACUCGAUACAGGCUUAUCUAGGCCCACAUUGGAUCUCCACUGAUGCCUGCCUCAGGAUGGUCUAGAUCUUCAGCUUGUUGACCGAGAACUGAUAAUGGCCGGGAGAUUUCGUCCAGGCUACCAAAUGUGAUAUUAAGAUGGUGACACAUAUUGACGACCUAGAGAGAACUCCUGGGUUGCAAACUUCUGACAGCAUUCUAGCAUGAAAACUCAUGAGAAAUUGAUCGGGGCGCUUACAUGCCUGUUGUUACUAGAUCGAGGCGUAUCUGCAUAAUACAUAUGCUAGUAGGAGGUUAAUCAUAUAGUCCAUAAAACUUAAAACGAUAAUACCAGUGGAAACUUGUAGAUUUGUUUAAGUGUCCUUAAAGUUCAGAAAUUGAAGAUUGGAAUAUUGUGAUAAUGCCAUCCCAGUGACUGUUGUAACAGAUGAAACACUUGGGAAGCGAUUAUGACUUUAUAAUAUAGGUAAUUGUUAUUGUGUGAUAGUUAUCAUAUGUCCAAGAAAUGAGGUACCAGUCUGAUGACAGACAACAGCCAAUGUCUGGAGACAGACAUGACUACAACCAACCAGAGUUGAGGGACCCCCCUGUUCAUAACCCAGGGCCCCCUAGGGGACAACAGAGGUACCAUCACCCUGGAGAUGUUCGUCAACGAUAUUACGAUCUGAAAGCAAGUAAUGGACAGGACAGAACACCAAAUCCGGGACAGGAAUAUAAAAGUUCACCACGGUAUGAUAGGGAGGGAAAUAUACCACAAAUAGGGGAUGCUCCCAGAAGGGGAGAUAAUCCCUAUGAUAACUUUAACAGAGGAAGUAAUCCGUCUCGCGACUUACCUAACAUAGACCCACGGUACAGGAGAACUCCACAACCACAGCAACAACACAACUUUGACCAGAGAAAUGUUCAGAGGCAGGAGCCAUAUUAUGAUCAACAACAGAGAUCCCAAGGUGCUAAUUUUCACAGACAAGACACUGAUCGGCAGAGAUAUCUAGACAAAGUUAAUACUCACAGAGGUUCAGACAACUAUGUACCCCAACCGCCUCAUGGGCCUGUGCCCCCCAAUAGACCGCCCCCUCCACCACGUGAUCCACACAACCUAGACAGUCCAGCACGUGGCACACCAAGGCUUUCUCAACCCUACCCAAAUAAUGACCGCAGAAAUCGUGAUCCAUUUGGCUCAGAUCCUUACUUUGAAGAGUCAGCCUCACAACAAUAUAGAGCCCCACCGGCUCCAACUAAUCCUCAGUACAGUGAUAGGUCGCAUCCCCCACCCAGGCGGCUGGAAAAUAACAAUGGCUUAAGACCGUACAGUGAGCAAUUCCCUAACAGAGGGGAGGGUGGGUUGCACCAAAACGAGGGACGGCGGAGCGAGUCCCAGAUUAUAGGAAAUAGAGCUGGAAAAUUGUACUCUAAGGAAAACUCAGCUGUGCAAUAUGUCAUGAGGAGUAAUUCUAGGACAAGAAGUUCUAUCAGGGGGUCAGGGGUCACACGGCCUGCUAAAGCAGCAGUUCAACCUCCUCAGGGAAGACCAGAGGUCAACCAAGGUCAGGCUAGGGUCAAUCCAGGUCAAACUAAUGACAAUGGUAAAACUAGGGACUCUGGUAAUGUUAAAGGAAUAAUGUCAGGUCAGAGGUCAGAUUUAGAAAGGGAAGUUUCACCGAAAAAAACGGUAGAAUUUCAGGAUGGAAAUAAACAGACAAGUCGUGAACUUAAAAUUGUGGAGCCAUUAGAAACAACGAAAAAAGAUUCAAAUAAACCAAAGGUGGAAAGUAUUGGUAGUAAGACUGGUUACGAUUUCCCUGAUGUGGAUGAUUUAAACGAUGUUGAUCUAGAGGAUGUGGAGGGUAUUUAUGAGGAAAAGGAUAUAUAUCUGUGUUACCUAAAGACUGAGCAAGGAGCUCUGGUAGGGCCACUCCGCUUUGACAUCGAAGACAUCAGUAUAGGGCUUCCAAAACCAGACACAGAAUCAGCAGACACACAGGAAGGAAUGAAGAACCGGCAGACAGGGUCACAUGGUCUGAACGAGACCUCAAGUCGAAGUCACAGUAUGAUGUCACUAUCAAUCGACUCCGAACUGCAGGAUCCAGAUGAUGAGAACUUAUAUGUUACAAAACGUGGCAAGCUCACAUUUGUAGAUCUUGCAGGAAGUGAAAAAGUGAAGGAUUCACACUCUACAGCAGAGACCUUGGUAGAGUCUAACAACAUCAACAGGAGCUUACUGGUGUUAGGAAACUGUAUUUCGUGCCUUGGUGACCACAGAAAAAGAGGUGGCCACAUUCCAUACCGGGACAGUAAACUGACCAAACUGCUCGCUGACAGUCUAGGGGGCAGUGGGGUCACACUCAUGAUUGCCUGUAUUACCCCCUCAUCACAUCAUAUAUCGGAGACGAUGAACACAUUAAGGUACGCCAGCCGGGCCAAGAAAAUCAAAACAAAACCGCUAAUCAAGAUGGAUCCUAGAGAAAAAUUGAUUAUGAGUCUAAAGAGAGAGAUAAAAAUACUCAGGAACGAAAACCAAUAUCUGCGUCAACAGUUGGAGUUCCCAGAGAAGACAAAAGUUGCUAUGCAGAAAGAGAGCGAUGAGAAGUACAAGAAUUUCAUGAAAGAGCAAGAAAACAAUAAAGGUGGAGAGAAGCCGAAGAAGGACCCAAAGUCGGAGGAGGCUGGCUUGUAUGAAAUGUUACAGGAAUAUAUGAUUGAGAAUGAGGCUCUCAGGACAGAAAAUGCUGAUCUUCACGCAACGAAAGACAAGAUUCGAAGAGAGCAACAACUUCUCUACAAAGACAAUGAGAAGAUGAUGAAGAGAAUAGAGGACUUAGAAAGAUUAAUUGGUCCUACUGCCUGGCAACGCCCGGCCAUUGACCCCUACAGCCAGCCGUCUUCCAAUGCCCCCUCACAAGUUCAGUCCCCUCGCCAGUCUCCAGCUCUACAGUACCGCUCAGCUCAACCCAGUGGUCAGCCUUUCCCUAUUGGCCAACAAGGACGUUACCCGUCAAAAGAGCAGUAUGUUAUAGCAGCGAGUCCUAAUGGGGCUACCAGGGGCAAGGGUCCCCCUCCGCCUCCUCCACCCAAUAACAGCAAGCCUCGCAGACCCCCUCAUAGACUCGCAGACCCCAUCAUGAGACCUGCUCAAAUACCCCCUGAUCACCAAAAUGGAGGCCCUGCAUAUGAUCACCCACCACCCAGCAUGCCUACACAGCACACGGCAAAUGGACCAAUCAGACAAGAAUCGCCCGCUAGGAUGGAUAGUCGGGCAGCUUCCCAGCUAUCCACCUCAGAAUCAGUGCGUUCCAUGAACGAGAAGCUCAAACAAGAACUGGUGGAGCUGGAAGGGGAAAUAGCUCAUCACCAUAAUGUAAACCAGAGGACAAGGUCUAACCUGUACGGGUCCCAGGCUUCCAUCCGGUCUGGGCCGCGGUGACAGGCGGCACACGAUGCUUAACCUUCCAUACAACCAUAUCAGUGUCUUAUAGGUACAGCUGAGGGGCCACGUGUACAGCUACAGGGCCAUGUGGACAGGCCUCCUUCUUUGGGAUCAUAUAUACAGCAGCAGGGCCUUGAAAUACAGCUGCAGAGCUUUGAGAGUGGACUUUCUCUGUAAGGGCCAUUUGGACAGACCUCCAUAUGGAUCAUAUAUACAUGUACAACUGCAAGGCCAUGCAUAUAAGCCUCCUUCAAAAGAGCUACAUGUACCGCUGCAGGGCCAUGUUGACAGGCCUCGUUCCUCUAUGAAUCAAAUAUAUAUAUACAGCAGCAGGGCCAAGAGAAUAGGGGUUUCUCCAUAGGAGUUGCAUGUACUGCUGCAUAACACAUACAGGACAUCCUUAUAUAUAGGGGCCACAUAUACAGCUGCACGGCCACACAGAAAGGCCUAAGUAUCCAUAUAUAGGGGCCACAUAUACAGCUGAACGGCCACACAGAAAGGCCUAAGUCUCCAUAUAUAGGGGCCACAUAUACAGCUGCAUGGCCACACAGACAGGCCUCCUUCAUACAGGGGCCAUAUAUAUACAGUUGCAGGGCAUUGCAGAGAGGCUUACUCCAUAAAUAUUGGCCACAUGAAGACUUUGGCUAGCUGAGGUCAACCCCUACACAUACAUCUACAAUCACUAAAAGUUCAAAAUGUUUUCAUAUUUUCAAAGUAUAUGAAUAUAUUCUAACUGUUUAUAAGCCUAUGAAUCAAAUGUUAUAUGAGUUUCAGUUUGAUGGGAAUUGGGAUAUUAAGUUCAUGGAAUCCUUAUCCUGUCAGAAAUUCUGUUAUUUAUCUCCAUUAGAUAAAAAAAAACCUAAACCAAAACAAAUUUUU